GAUGCAUUAUGUUAGAUAAAUCUUCAUGUGAAAUUUUUCCUAAUUCUAUGAAUAAUUUCAGAUUUAAAUAUGUUUUCUGUCUCGCACAGACUCCGACAGGUCAGCUCCCCGGCUUGUCAACUGUACAGAUGUCAGAGUACACUGAUCCUAGCAGAGCACAAUAAUGAUAAGCUGAACCCUGUCACACUCCACGCUAUAACUGCUGCUAAGCAGAUGGGUGGAGAGAUCAGCUGCCUCGUUGUCGGAUCCAAGAACUGUGCAAAUGUUGCCAAGGAGAUCUCCGAGGUGGCUGGUAUAUCUAAGGUUCUUGUCGCGGAGAAUGCCGCGUUCGAAGGUUUCCUCCCGGAGAAGGUUGCUCCUGUCCUGCUGGCCAGUCAGAACCAGUUCAAAUAUACUCAUAUUUUCGCAGGAGCUUCAGCUUUCUCCAGAUCUGUGCUGCCCCGUGUUGCCGCUAAGCUCGACGUUUCCCCUAUCUCCGACAUCAUUGGAGUCAAGGACCAGGAGACCUUUGUCAGGACAAUCUACGCAGGGAACGCCAUCAUGACCCUCAAGUCCAAGGAUCCUGUAAAAAUUGUUACUGUCCGAUCUACUGCCUUUGAGGCUGCCAGUACCAGCGGUGGCUCAGGUACAAUUGAGGAUACAGCUACUCCUGCUGACCUUCCCAGCGUGUCGGAGUAUGUAGGUCAAUGUUUGACCAAGAGCGACAGACCUGACUUGGCCAGUGCUAAGGUUGUAAUAAGUGGAGGAAGAGGAAUGAAGACUGGAGAUAAUUUCAAGAUGUUGUACGAUCUUGCUGACAAGCUAGGAGCUGCUGUCGGAGCUUCAAGAGCUGCAGUUGAUGCAGGUAUGGUUCCCAACGAUAUGCAGAUCGGUCAAACUGGAAAAAUUAUUGCCCCUGAGCUUUAUAUUGCUGUUGGUAUAUCUGGAGCUAUCCAGCAUCUAGCAGGGAUGAAGGACAGCAAGGUUAUUGUUGCCGUCAACAAGGACGCAGAGGCACCAAUCUUCCAGGUUGCAGACUAUGGCCUUGUAGCGGAUCUGUUCAAAGCUGUUCCAGAGAUGACAGAGAAAAUUUAAAAUUAUCGUUUAAUUUAAAAUAUUUAAAAUUGGAGAAUGGACUUAUAUAAAAUAAAAAACAAAAUGUUAUUAAAAAUAUAUGUGAUACAUAGUCAACUUAAAAUGAUGUGGAAACCUAAAUGUUCAAACCGAAGCAAUGCAAAGGAUUUUUUCUUGUUAAAAUCUGGCUUAAGCGUGUUGUAAUAAUUGGUCAAGCUCUGACGUAAGAAGUGCUACCUAUGCGGUCAAUACGUUCUCUGGACUGGUCCGGCCGGUACAGAACUGAACCGUGGCAGAACCUUGAACCAGUCUUGAUAUGCUCAUUUUGUGACUGCCAGUAGACAGAGCAAAUGUGAAUGGUUAACACGAAAGAAAGAUUUGUAAACCUACUUUACUUAUUUGUUUUAAAUCAUCAAAUCCACUUAAUAAUUGAAGACUAUCGUCUAACGACCUCUGAGUUCCUGUAGUAAAUAGAUUUUUUAGUUUUGGGAACAAAUGUAAAACAUACAAGUUGCAACAUCCCUGAUAAACCAAACCAAAUAAUAUCACGUAAUUUUAG